UAUACGCAGGCACGCCGUCGACCUCCGGCCUGCCCGCAUCGGACAUUGGUCGUUUUUUAUUUUACUCCUAUGCCUUACAUUUCAUGUUACAAUCAGUUGUUUCUCACUUCUCACAAGGCAUCAAUUUUUUUAUUCCAUCGGUCAAGUCACUACAUCUUCCCACCCAUUCCCAUUCCCGCUUCGCUCUUCUCUCUCUUUGCAAGUUGCAGAUCAACGAGUCAGUUCUUCAAGUCGAUAAAACAUCUCCAUUCGCCUAACCUCGUGAGACUUUCGCUUACUUUACACCCCUCUUUUCUAUAAUGGCUGCUUUCAUACCUCCCAGUUGGUACUUUAGCGAUCACCAAGGAAAAACAAUCGCGAUGUAUGAGACUCGCCAGAAGCAGCGCUCAUCGGUGAAGCGCCGAAAGGUCAGGUUUGCGAGUCAGUUUCACAGGCUCACCAGAGUACUUUUCCCGUCCCCUUCAGGAAGCAGGCCUACAAGUCAGAUUAGUGGCUCGCCUCGGUAUCGAAGCCCUUCUCCUUUCCCCAGGCACAGACUCGCCGAAGAAGUCAACAUAACCGAGGGGCAGCCUGAAGAGCAAGAGGGCGCUACUUGGUGCGAUGUCCUCGACGAACCGUCGCGUCCCGCAUCACGCGGAAGUAACGCUUCGAGCAUACCUCCCAUUUCAUAUCUCGACGAUGUUCGCCAGAGCCGCUCUCCAUCCCGCCCGGCCAGUCAGGGCAUUCAAGCCAGACGUGAGGUCAAGGUGAUAACCCCACCUACAGAAGAACAACCACAAACGGCAAGCAUCGAGCAAAUGCCAUCUACCAUAGCCAACGACAAGACAUCACUCCUCCCCGACACCAAUGCUCUUGAGGUAGACAAUAGCAGCCAGUGGGAAGACAUGGACGCUACGGUUCACGACGCGACCAUGAUUGAAAUCCACGAUCUCAUAUCCUACUCCAUGUCACUAGACGACAUCCCCCUCAUCAACCCCACAAGACCUCUCCGAUACCUUGGAGUAAUCCCAGACGACAUUUCUUUCCACAGCGUUAGUUCGCAUGAGUCCAACACGAAAUACUUGUCGGCAAUCGGCUGGAUCGAAAGCAACGACUACCUCACACCCCACAAAACGAGUGCACGAUACUGCGACUACUCUGGCAGAUACCGCAGCAGUUACGACGCCUGGACUCCCCCCAAGAGACAGCGCAGUCUUACUCAGUCCUCCUCCAGCCUUAGUGCUGGCCAGUCCUUGCCCAACAUAAAUGCGGGCUUCGUCGGAUUGGAGGAGCAUAGGAGGGACCCAUUCGUGAAUCACCACAGAAAAACAAGAAUCCCAAACCCUCUUACUUACUCCAAAGUCAUAGCGGUUAACGAGGCACAGCCUCAAGAUUCACUGUCGUUCCUAAGGCAGAAUAACACGUCCCAGUCAAGCAUCAUGAGCAUACCCAUUUCACGAGAGUCGCUCGAGCGACUAUUCCCUCCUGCGCUUUUCAAGCAAGACCAGCCAGAGCCCGGCGACGAGAAGAAAAAGGGAUGGCGAAGCAGGUGGAAUUUAUUUUUCAAUAGGUGGACAUGGCUCAAGGUCAGAAAGGGGGGGUCAACUCGCUAGGGUUCCAAAGCCAGAGUCCACCUCUAGAAGUUGGAGCUUGACCCGGUCGAUUGCUCGAUCCCUCUCUGUGCUCGGCAAGAUCAACCUCGGCAGUGGCGGUAUCGACUGGGAUAACUGGAUGCAGGUCACUGAUGUCAAGGUCGACGAUCUCGCCCUUGGCUGGAAUCAGAUCAUUUAUUUUGAGCCGCCCAUGCAGCCUAUGUUCAUGGGGAGCAUUUGGAUCCGAGAGAUCCUUAUUGAUGUGGAAG